AACCUAAUUAUCUAAAUCCAUUUAAUCACCAAAUCUUUUCACUUUUUUUUCUUUAACCAUGUGAAUAUGAUUCUAGAGAGAGAUUAGAGAGAAGCUCAGGAUGAAUCAAAGAAAUUAAAUGUAAAGAGUUAAGUUAAUCAGGCUACUCUGUUUUUCUAUGGUGUAAUAAGUCUUAGGAUCUAAUUGUUCAUGAGAUCUUCUUGUUGACCGGUUAUAAGUUGUCUUUGGGGUUUUCUUUUUUUGGAACAUUCUAGAAGUCGAAAUUAAAUUUCCAUCACAUUUAUGAUUGUGAAUGGGAAAAUUGAUUUCUAAACCGAUUUUCGUUUUGCAAUUUAUCAUCAAAACAUGAAGGUUCGAAGUUUCCAUCAAUUGCUGUCAAUUGGUUUAAGAGUAAAACCAUUGGGGUUUCUCUUCAUAUGAAAACUCAAAUGGGAUUUUUUCCCUUUCAUUUCUUUCACAUGAAAAAAUUUCUCUCAUUUGAAAGUUUGGUUUUUUUCAAUUGGGAGACACUGUAUAUUAUUCUUUUCCUUAACAGAUCAAUGAACCACCAGGAAGAUGAUUGAUUGGAAGAGAAAAAAUCGUUCGCCUAAUGAGAGUAUCUAUUUCCUUAUAACCCUUUUCAUUUACCUUCUAAAACUUGAUAUUCACUUGGAUGGAACCAGGUUGAAGCCUCUUACAAGAUGAGGAAGAAAAUCUGAUUAGAACAAAAAUGAGGAUGAUAAACCCAAUUUCCCAUCUUCUUCAAAGGAAAACAUUAAGUUGCAAUGAGAAGAUGAAACAAAUAAGUCCUCUUAAUAGCUAAUUAAACCUAAUUUACUCCCGAUAUCAAUUGACAACAACAACAACAACAACAACAUCGUCACCAUCAUGUUCAUAAUUCCUGAUUUCGAGAUGAUUACAUUCAUUAAAUGAAUACAUUUUGUAACAAGUGAAGAAAUGCAAAAAGGACCUGACCACAAAACGCUGUCGGCAAGUAAAGUAAAGGGAUAAGUUUGGUACUAAGACACAAAGAAAAGUGCCUUCGGCUGUUGUUGUUAUUGAGCUUCUCGUUUCAUUUUCCAUCAAUCGAAGAUAUAAAUAACAGAGAGAGAGAGAGAGAAAGAAAAAGUAAAAAGAAGACGAAGAAAAGAAGCAAUUAAUCUCGAUUUAAACGGGCUGAUGAUAAUUACCAUUGGUCGAAAGAUCAACAAGCAUGGAAAAACCAGUUGCAAUUCUUUCAUCAACAGGUAACUCGUAUUGAGAAUCAGCGAGACCACGAGAAGAGCAAAACUAUUGGAGUAAAGAAAAAGGAUCAAUGGAAAUUGUGAUUUACUCAUUAAAACGAAUCACUUACUCUGCGAUUCUGGUUAAUACGAUUAAUUGAUUACGAUCGAAUUUCUUUUCUCUCUCUCUCAAUUCUUCAUGAAUUGUAAAUUAAUUAUUCACACAUUUACUUUUUUUCUGUGUGAUUUUUACCUGAAGAUACUCUGAUUAAUUAAUUUAAGUCCGGAUAAACUUGUUCUCUGCUUCCAAUCAGUUGUAAUAAUAAGAAGAAAAUAUUAAGGAAUUACCCGAUCAUCAAGCUCACAGAUUCACAAUCAGCAUUAAUGUUAAUUAUCAUAUUAUUAAUUUAUCGGCGGGGUAAUUACAUCGAUGAUGCCACACAUCCAUAAGUAAGAAAAGGUCGCUGUGCCGUCGUUUACCUCGUGUCUUGUAGCCAACAUUUCAUUUUAUCAUCAAUCGUGAUCAUCGUCCUCAUCCAGUGACUUUAAGUGACCCAAACUUGACCCAAUUUAACUUUACUAUUCACUAUGGUUUAUCAAGAAGUUGCUCCAGAAAUUAUCGAGGUUUUCAAUGCCUCUGAAAAUCCGAAGAAAUGUUUCGACCUUUGGGACAAAGCAGCGAAAUGGAUUGAAGAGAAUCCAACUGCAAUUCAUCCUGAUGAUGUGAAAAUGUUUUUCGCUCAUUCGACUCCCGUAAUUGCGUUUCUGGAAACUUAUGAUUGGGAUUUAAAUAAAGCAUUUUCUGGUUUAAUUUCAAUUGCUCGUAAACGUCAUGAUGAUCCUACGACCGAUGUUAAAUUAACUGAUUUUCCAAGAGAUUAUCAUGAUCUUGGUGCUCUCCUUCCCAACCUAACAGAUAAAAACGGUCGACCUGUGCUUUGGGUACGAUCAAUUGAUCCUCCUGAAAUGUUUUACCCUCAAGUGAUGCGUAUGUCCGCUUGGGUUACCGAUAGAUUCUGUGAACGUGUUUCCAGUUGCCAUAUGAAACCAGGUCUUGUAUUUGAUUGUCAGGUAAUGACAACCAGUCUAAGACUAUUGAAGGACAUAAUCACCAUGCUACUACAACGAUGUCCACCCUGGAUUGAGUAUAUCGCCGUUGCCGGUCUUGGACCUUAUUUCCGAUUCUUUGCUCGGCUUGUUCGCGCUUUCCUACCUCGUUACCUCAAGGAUUCACUUACUUUCAUUGAUAUUGAUGAUCUUCCCAAUCUCUUUGAGUUGAAAGAUUUACCAGUUUAUUUAGGAGGAGAAGUUAAACUGCUAAGCGAUUCGGAUAUGGACAAAUGUCCAAGUUUGACUGAAUAUUCGAAAAUCCUUGGAGUCGACCCGAUUAUCUUUGAAAAAUGGAGGGAAAAUGUUCACACUAAAUAUGCAAAAUAUUCCAAAGCAAACAAGCUGAAGGCAAUUGAUAUGAUUGAACAAUCAGCUUAAAUCACUCAAUCAACUUUUCUCUUCAAUUUAAUUUUCCACUUUUACUCUUUUCUUUUUUUAAUUAUUGAUAUUCUAAUUAACCAUUGUAAUUAACAUAAUCGUCUCUUGUUUUUUUUCCUCUUUUCUCUUUUCUGCUCUUGCAAAAAGUUUCACUAAUUUAUUGUAUAUUGACCCAUGUCAAUUAACAUCUAUUGACAACAUCAAGUUAGAUAAUUAAAACAUUUAUAAUCCUUCAA